GUCCAAAAAUUAAUGCCAAACGACACAUUUUACUUCUCCAUCAUCCGUGACCCGGGGACGUUGGGUGAAUCAGCUUUCUCUUAUUACCGCGCCGUAGCUCCGGCGUUUCGCCGAGCUCCUUCAUUAACCCAUUUCUUAAACAACCCUCAAUUCUUUUACGAUUCCGAAGCUCGAGGAAACCAUUACGCCCGCAACCUCCAAUGGUUUGAUUUCGGUUUACCCAUCACUAGAAAUCAAACUUUAUUAACCAUGAUCCUCCAACAAUUAGAAACCACUUUCCAUUUCAUCUUAUUAACCGAAUAUUUCGAUGAAUCUUUAAUCUUACUCCGCCACGCUCUAUGUUGGCCCGAUGAAGAUAUUAUGGUUUUUACCCAAAAUAGUCGUUUUUUUGGGGAUAUUCCUCCAAUUUCACCUCUUCAAAUGACUCGUUUCCGUGCUUGGAAUGAUCUAGAUUGGGUUCUUUAUACUCAUCUCAACCGUUCCUUCUGGAAACGAGCCGAGUCGUUCGGCGCCGCGCGCUUACGGCGCGAGGUGGAUCGCUUACGGCAACGGCGGGCGGCGUUAGCUCGUCGGUGUUUAAAGGGUGGGGGUCCCCUCCCCGCUCGGGUUAUUCUUGAUGGUCGUCUCAAACCUUUUCAACCCCCUGGAAGGGCUCAGAUUUUGGGGUACGCUUUAAAAGCGGGGUUACCCCCCCUAGAAAGGGAGAGGUGCGCUCGAUUCGCUACCCCCGAGCUGCAGUAUAAGGAUAUUCUGGAUCGGAGGCAGUUUGGGG